AUGCUCACUCACACAAUAUAUACAGGAGGACUCGUCAAGCACAUGACUCUCGCCAUUGGUUACAUUAAGCAUUUCGAACCGUUCCUCUUCGUCAUGGUCAUGGGGACCGGGAUCUCGUCAGAUCUACUGCAUGCAUUCCCAUAUCCCGCCAAGUGGCUACGAAUAUGUUCGUAUAUUAUGUUUGCCAUUGCAUGUCUAUUAUUCAUCGGACUGCAAUUCUUCGCCAUCGUUCACAUGAUUAAAUACACAAGAAGGCAUACUUUCCAAGUGUAUUUCCAACAUUAUUUUAGAAAUCUAAUGCAUAACGUCUUCUGGGGCACGUACCCCAUGGGACUAGUCACCAUUAUAAAUUAUCUCUCCAAUUUAGUGGCCCAUGAAGCCGCCGGAACAGACCAUGCAAGACGUUUGCUUUAUUUAAUUUAUGCUCUAUGGUGGUAUGACGUUCUUGUCUCCAUAUUAUCCGCUUGGGGGAUUUCAUUCUUAAUAUGGCAAGAUUAUUAUUCUAUUUCAGGUUUAAGUGAUAAGGAGGAUCUAUCCAAGACUGCCGCGGAACAACAUUUAAAGAGUAUCUUACUAUUAGCUGUCAUCCCCUUGGUAGUCGUCGCAUCAUGUAGCGGCCUGUUCACCAUGACAGAUUUGUUUGCCCAGACAUUCAAUAGAAAUAUACAAUUGCUCACAUUGGUCGUCACUGCAUUAUUAUGGCUGCAUUCCAUUAUAUUCGUCUUCAUCCUAAUAUCUAUCUUCUUUUGGAACCUUUACGUCAAUAAGAUCCCAGCAAUGUCACAAGUGUUUACCAUGUUUUUAGUUUUGGGUCCAUUGGGGCAAGGUAGUUUUGGAAUCCUCCUAUUGACAGAUAAUAUAAGGAAAUAUGUGGUAGAUUAUUAUCCUAGAAAGGGGACUCCCGAAGAUGAUAUAUUAAGAUUGGCUGUUCCUUGGAGUUUUAAAGUACUAGGGUUAACUCUAGCUCUAGGUUUGUUAGCCAUGGGUUAUUUCUUCUCUUUCAUCUCCUUCUUAUCCAUAGUAUCGUAUCGUAAUACUAAAAUCAUUCAACCGUCGGGGAAGCCUCAAAGAGUGUACCAUUUCCAUAAGGGUUUCUGGGCAAUGACUUUCCCCAUGGGGACCAUGUCCUUGGGGAGUACAGAAGUGUUUGUCCAAUAUAAUGAAUAUGUCCCCAUGGGGGCAUUCAGAGUUAUUGGUGCCAUUUAUGCUGUCAUUUGUAUCCUAUGGACCAUAUUUUGUCUAUUGGGAACCAUGUACAAAUACACAUUGGCUAAUCCAAAGCCAAUACAACAAGAAUAUGAUACAACGACAGAAAAUACAAAGACUGCCACAACUGAGAUUUCAGAUUGUAUUGCUGGCCCUUCAUCUUCAGAUUAUAGUAACGAUGAUGACACAUCAGAGGCAGAAUCACUCACAGCAAUGGGGAAUGUCAUCAGUCAUGGCAUAUAA